AUGGGUCCAUUCGUGGCCUGGGAUGGUCCGACGACGAGAGACUGUUGGCCAUCACUGAAGACGGUAGCGGAGGAGUAUGGCGUAGUUGGGUGCCGAUUUUGGUCUACUGGGUUUGUUGCUUUGCUAUCAAAUAACCAACUUGUUGCGGUAUCGCACUAUGAUGAGCCACGCCCGAAGUUGCUAGCUCAAUCUCCAGAAGGCGAGAUUAACUCAUGGUCAUUGAUUCCGCCUACGUAUACCCUUUCCAGGUCAGUUGAGGUCUUGCUUGCAAUAGACAAGACUAUAUAUGUUGUGGAUGCCGCAGACUGUGAGGACCGCAUGCUACAAAAUGGGCCUUUCAAGCACGUUAGUGUGUCGCCAAAUGGACUUUUUGUGGCCUUGUUUACCGGGGAUGGAAAACUAUGGGUCGUCAGCAGCGAUUUCCAGAACAAGUUUAGUGAAUACGAUUCUCAUGCUAGAACGCCUCCUGGUUCCGUGACAUGGUGUGGGAAUGAUGCUGUUGUUCUUGCCUGGGAAGAUGAAGUUCAUGUGGUUGGGCCUAAUGAUAUUGAUGGAAUCAGGAUUUUAACAAAUGAUGUGUGCGAGUUUUUGCAUAAAGUACCGGAUGCCACCGAGGAAGUCUUCCGGCUUGGGUCAAGUGCGCCAGCUUCGGUUUUACUUGAUUCUGUUGAGCAGCUUGAGAAGAAAUCAUCCGCUGCGGACGAAAAUAUCCAGAGAAUCCGUGCUAACCUUGUCGAGGCUGUGGAUACGUGCGUAUGCGCUGCCGGGUACGAAUUUAACACUUAUUGGCAAAAGCAAUUACUCAAGGCAGCUUCCUUUGGGAAAUCCAUCCUAGAACUUUACAACAGCGACGAAUUCGUCGAUAUGUGUGAGAAACUCCGGGUCUUAAAUGCUGUCCGUGAUUAUAAGAUUGGCCUACCAAUUUCGUACGAGCAGUACAUGCGGCUUACUCCCGAAAAGCUCAUCGAACGCCUGAUAAACCGCCGUGAAUAUCUUCUGGCUAUUCGUGUCUCAGAGUAUCUACACCUUCCUGCCGACAAGAUCUUCGUUCACUGGGCGAUUCAGAAAGUCAGGUCAUCUACUGAAGAUGAUGACUCAAUUUGCCAGAUAGUUGUACAGAGACUUCAAGGAAAACAAGGAAUAUCCUUUGAAUCCAUUGCUCGGUCAGCUCAUGAGGAAGGCAGGUCCCAUUUGGCAACGCAGCUGCUAAACCAUGAACCGCGUGCUGGGAAACAAGUUCCAUUGCUUCUCAGUAUGGAAGAAGACACUCUCGCACUCGACAAGGCAACUGAGAGCGGAGACACAGACCUUAUCUUGUUUGUCCUUCUUCAGCUUAAACGCAAACUGCCUCUAGCUACCUUUUUCCGGACAUUAAAUAACCGACCGAUUGCUUCAGCGUUGGUUGAGGCAUCUGCAAGGCAUCAAGACGAAGAGCUAUUAAAAGAUUUGUAUUAUCAAGAUGACAGGGUGAUUGAUGGGUCGAACAUCCAUCUCAAAGAUGCGUUGAAACAAACGGAUCUACACAAUAAAACUGACAAACUACGGGUUGCCGCAAGGCUGCUAUCAGAUUCCAAAGACACAGCCGUCCAGGCACAACUCAAAUCAUUAAAUGAUGCUGCAUACCUCCUAAAAAUCCAGGAUGGGUUGGAUAAAGAACUUGCGGAUAAUAAUGAUUUGUUCACGGGUUUGAGUGUUAACGAAACCAUCUACAGAUUAAUACGUUCUGGAUAUGGAAAACGAGCCAUUAAAAUCCAAAACGAUUUCAAGGUGCCGGAAAAGACAUACUGGUGGUUGCGCUUGAGAGGUCUUGUUGCGAAAAGAGAUUGGGGUGAACUAGAGGAUUUGAGCAGGACCAGGAAGUCCCCAAUCGGAUGGGAGGUAAGCUAA